GGGCGGGGUGUUGUGAUAUGGUCCUUUGUGGUCGUAGGGAGGUGUAAUUUUCGGGACUGGGGUGUAGGGUCUUUGGUGCAGGAGGUGUGUCGUGUUGGCUCUCCCUUGCGCGGGGCGCGAUGGACUCAAGAGGCAUUUUUUUAUUCUACAAGCUCUCACAUGGCUGGAGGGGUUUUUAUUGUUACCUGGGGACCAGCCAUGGAAGGUUGGGGAGGGUAUGGGAUACUGGUGUUGUCUUUAUGAUGCUUUUUGUGGGAGUCGCUUUGUUGCUGCAGACUCUUACAACCCUAACUCUGGAAGGGGAUUUUGAUAGUUGGAGUCUCUGUGAUUGUAGGGUCUCCCCUGAUCUGAGAAUGGCCACCCCGCGAUAUGAGCCAGUGGCUGAGAUUGGUGUCGGUGCCUAUGGGACGGUGUACAAAGCUCGUGAUCCCCACAGUGGCCACUUUGUGGCUCUCAAGAGCGUGAGAGUCCCCAAUGGAGGGGGCACUGGAGGGGGCCUUCCUAUCAGCACAGUUCGUGAAGUGGCGUUAUUGAGGCGGCUGGAGGCUUUUGAGCAUCCCAAUGUUGUCCGGCUGAUGGACGUCUGUGCCACAGCCCGAACUGAUCGGGAAACCAAGGUAACCCUGGUAUUUGAACAUGUGGACCAAGACCUAAGGACAUAUCUAGACAAAGCACCCCCACCAGGCUUGCCUGUGGAGACCAUCAAGGAUCUGAUGCGCCAGUUUCUAAGAGGCCUUGAUUUCCUGCAUGCCAAUUGCAUUGUUCACCGAGACCUGAAGCCAGAGAACAUUCUGGUGACAAGUGGUGGGACAGUCAAGCUGGCUGACUUUGGCCUGGCCAGAAUCUACAGCUACCAGAUGGCACUUACACCUGUGGUUGUUACACUCUGGUACCGUGCUCCUGAAGUUCUUCUGCAAUCUACGUAUGCAACUCCUGUAGACAUGUGGAGCGUAGGCUGUAUCUUUGCAGAAAUGUUUCGUCGGAAGCCUCUCUUCUGUGGAAACUCUGAAGCUGACCAGUUAGGCAAAAUUUUUGAUCUGAUCGGGCUGCCCCCGGAAGAUGACUGGCCCCGAGACGUGUCUUUACCCCGAGGAGCCUUUUCCCCUAGAGGGCCCCGCCCAGUGCAGUCGGUGGUGCCUGAGGUGGAGGAAUCUGGAGCACAGCUGCUGCUGGAAAUGCUGACUUUUAACCCACACAAGCGAAUCUCUGCCUUCCGAGCCCUGCAGCACUCUUAUCUACAAAAGGGAGAAGGUAAUCCAGAGUGAGCAAUGGAGUGGCUGGAAGAGGACCAAGAGAAGGAAGAGAAGCUAUCAUUUCCCUUCCUUUGGACACUUGAGUGGAGAGACCCCCUCCCCACUGAUAAGGCAAUCUCUGCCUUAGCCUCUGCCUUCAUCUCUGAGGCUUUGGAUACCCCUCCCCCAACUUUUUACAGAGAAUAUUUUGCUGCCUUAAUGACGUCCCUCUCCCACCCUCCUUUUGAGGCAUAUUCUUCUGCCCCCCCUUUCCCCCAUUUCCCUACACCAAGGGGUACAUCCUGUCUUCCCUUCUUCCAUACCUUGAUAAUGGGUUCCUUUUUUUAUACAGGAAAAAAAAAAACAAACAAA